AUGGGCAACAAUUGCACAUUAAGAAGAUCUGUUCGAAUUCAUCCACAAGCUAAUGCUAAUCACGUAUCAAGCGUUUCCAAAGAUGCAGUUAUAAAUCGACGUAUGGACAUGCAAAAAAUGCAAAAUGUCAUCCUUAUUUGGUUGGAUAACAAGAUUGAUGAUGAUGAUAAUGCUGAUUGUAAUAAUACAAUCGAACAAUUAAAAUGUGAAUUUAACAACAUAAACACGUUCACGAAUCGUGUCCGGUGUAUUGAAUUUAUUAAAACCAUGAAAAACAACAAAGUAUAUAUAAUUGUUUCUGGUUCACUUGGGAAAUAUACUGUGCCUCAUGUGCAUGAUAUGUCCCAAGUAGAUACCAUUUUUAUUUUUUGUAACAAGCAAGGACAAUAUAUACAAUGGGCCAAAGAAUGGCCGAAAAUAAAAGGAGUCUUCACAGAUAUAACAUCCAUCUGUGAAGCCCUUAAACGAGUUGUUUAUCAAUGUGAGCAAGAUGACAUCCCAAUCAGCUUUGUGGCAUCAAACAAGAAAUUGGAUCAAUUAGAUCCAUCGUUUAUGUAUACUCAGAUCUUGAAAGAGAUCUUAGUAACCAUCAACUUCGAAGAUAAACAUUUCAAAGAAUUUAUUACUCAUUGUCGUGAUAUAUAUGCUGAUAAUGAGCAUGAUUUACAUAAUAUCGAAAAAUUGGAACGUGAAUAUCAUGAUCGAAGACCUAUUUGGUGGUAUACUUAUCAAUAUUUUUUAUGUUCUAUGCUCAAUCAAGCAUUAAGAUCAAUGGAUGUUGAUAUGAUUCUUAGAAUGGGUUUCUUUAUCAAGGAUCUAUAUCGUGACAUUCAACGACUACAUUCAGUACAAUCUGAUAAUCAUCAACCAGAUGAAACAUUUACAGUUUAUCGUGGACAAGGUCUUCCGAAAGACGAUUUCACCGAAAUGAAAAAAGCUAAAGGUGGACUUCUUUCAUUUAAUAACUUUUUAUCAACUAGUAAAAAUCGUGAUGUUUCUCUCUGUUUCGCACCACAAGUUCCUACAAAUCUUGAUCUUGUUGGAAUUCUAUUUGUUAUAUCAUGUAAUCCUACUCAUUCAACAACUCCAUUUGCUUCUAUUAGCGAUGUUAGUUAUUUUCAAAUAGAAAAUGAAGUUCUCUUCUCUAUGCAUACCAUUUUUCGCAUUAGAGAUAUUAAACCAAUGGAUGAAAAGAACCAUCUCUAUCAAGUGAAUUUAAUAUUGACCAAUGACAAAGAUCAAGACCUUCGUACUCUUACUGACAGUAUCCGACAAGAGAUCUUUCCAGAUGUAGAAGGAUGGUAUAGAUUAGGAUUAUUGCUAAUUAAAAUGGGUCAGUCUGACAAGGCUCAAGAAGUAUAUGGAGUUUUACUUCAUCAAACAACGAAUGAAAGUGAGAAGGCACCUAUUUAUAAUCAACUAGGUAUGAUCAAAGAUGACCAAGGCAAAUAUUCAGAAGCACUUACAUAUUAUGAAAAAGCCCUUGAAAUUCGGCAACAAUCACUUCCUUUCAAUCAUCCUGAUUUGGGUGAUUCUUAUAACAACAUCGGUUUGGUGUAUUGCAACAUGGGUGAUUAUCCAAAAGCAUUUUCAUCUCAUGAAAAAGCUCUCGCAAUUCGACAACAGUCACUUUCUUUCAAUCAUUCUAAUUUGGGUGCUUCCUAUAACAACAUCGGUAGUGUGUAUGAUAGGAUGGGUGAUUAUCCAAAAGCACUUUCAUCUCAUGAAAAAGCCCUUGAAAUUCGGCAACAAUCACUUCCGUCCAAUCAUCCUGAUUUGGGUGAUUCUUAUAACAACAUCGGUUUGGUGUAUUGCAACAUGGGAGAUUAUCCAAAAGCACUUUCAUCUCAUGAAAAAGCCCUUGCAAUUCGACAACAAUCACUUGUGUCCAAUCAUCCCGAUUUGGGUAUGUCCUAUAACAACAUCGGUAUUGUGUACAAGAACCUGAGUGAUUAUUCAAAAGCACUUUCUUAUUAUGAGAAAGCCCUUACAAUCAAACAACAAUCACUUCCUUCCAAUCAUUCUAAUUUGGGUGCUUCUUAUAACAACAUCGGUAGUGUGUAUGAUAGCAUGGGUGAUUAUCCAAAAGCACUUUCAUCUCAUGGAAAAGCCCUUGCAAUUCGACAGCAAUCAUUUCCUUCCAAUCAUCCUGAUUUGGGUGGUUCCUACAACAACAUCGGUAUUGUGUACAAGAACAUGGGUGAUUAUCCAAAAGCACUAUCUUAUUAUGAGAAAGCCCUUACAAUCAAACAACAAUCACUUUCGUCCAAUCAUCCUGAUUUGGGUGCUUCCUAUAACAACAUCGGUAAUGUGUAUGAAAAUAUGGGCAACUAUGCAAAAGCUCAUUCAUUCUAUGAACGUGCUGUACAAAAUGGACAACAAUCAUUAACAUCAAAUCAUCCUAGACUUCUAAAAUGGAGAAAAAACGUCGAACGCAUGAAAAAGAAAUUAUAA